AUGUCCUGCGAUCAAAGUGCUGAAACUAUUAUAGAUACUUCUAGACAAGAUUCUCAGUCAAGUACUCCAUCGAUAGUUAGGGGGAUGAGUAAUCAACUUCAGAUCAACACAGAAGUAAUCCAAGAAGAUGAGGAAAUGGAUGAUGUGGAUGAAUUGGGGAGAAUCAAAGAGUUAAUGGAUAAUAACACCCACCAAGAUUUGUCAUUUACCUCACAGUCACCCGAAGCCAAUAGUUAUAUUCAUCUUUAUCAAGAAAUUGUUAAAGCCGAAGCUGAAAAUGAUACUACAAGUCAAAAUGUUUUGCAAUACUAUUAUCAAUUCAGGAAAAAAAUAUCAAAACGCUUUGAAUAUUAUAAGAAUGUAAAAAAAUAUCGAGAUCCAUACUUUCAAACAAAUACAACUUGGAGUUUACUUGGUUAUUUAAAAUACAAAGAACGCGAAAAUGAUUUUACAAGUGAUAAAUCAACAGAACACAUGUCUUAUGUUAAAAACCUUGAAUACCUUAAGGAAAAUUUGAAAGAAUGUCAACAAAUCAAACAGUGUCUUUGUAAUUUGAAGCCAGCUGAGUAUGCCUUGGUUGGUGACAGUGGGUAUGAAAAAACAAGUGAAGAUGUAAAUUCUUUCUGGCAGUCUAUUAAUAUGAAGAAACAGCUUGAUAUAAAAAAGGUGAGUGUAGUGUUUUCUAUAAAUUCUUUAUGUUUCAGAUUGACUGAUUUAGAAUAUGAAAUAGUUGCACCACUAGAGCAUAGUGAUGAUGUCUACCACAACAAAAUUGGCAGUAAUGUCAUUAUUCCAAGGAAUCAAGUUAUUUCUACCAACAAAAGAAAAAGAGAAGACCAAUCUGAUUAUGAGGAAUCUGCAUUAUUGUUUGAUAAAUCUAAUGAAGAUACAACCAUGGAAAAUAUUGAUGAAAAAACACUUGAACAGGAAAUCAAAUUGCCACUAGCAAGUGUUAAUAGCUCUUUGAAGUGUAAAUAUGUAUCAGAUGAGAAAUGUAAGAGUUUAACAAUAUAUGGCUGGCUCCAAAUUGGUCUAGAACUUAACUUCUAUUCCAUGGAUUGGUCAGGAAAUGGCAUAUAUAGAUUUGGUUUAGUUGAUCAAUGCAGAUUGCCAUCAGACAAGGAUGAAUGUGGGAUGCUUGAGGAUGUGUACUGCAUUCUCAAAUUACUUGAAAGUAAAUCACUUGAGACUGAAAAAUUAGUUAAAAGUUUGUUUUUAGAAAACACCAAAGGGAAAUGA